UUACAAAAUCAAAAGGAAGCAAGYACAACACAUCUGACAUGUUGAAUCCAAAUAUCGUCAGCGAUAGUCACUUAAAGAAUCCGCUUGGCAAAAGCGGUAGACCAAAACGAAGGAGAACGAUGAUUGUCGCAACUGUGUCUUGUUUUGUCCUCAUUCAGUCUUUGUUCCUCGAGACAGAGCUUAUGGUAGAUGCUUUCGUGUCUCCUUCGGGAACUUGCAAAUCUGUCUCGUCUUUUCACAAGAUGAAUGACAACAGGAACAGGAAAGUCCCGGGAACRCACGUGCUACAAGCCACGUUCCAGGAGGAUAUUUCUUCAGAGGUGAUGGACGAYCCAUCGUCGACAGAAGAAGCCGAAACUGAACACGGGGACAAAAUUUCCUCGGUUUUUUGGACCGCCGACAUCACGGACAAGAUUUCGGAAAAGAUCGGUCGCGUCGAGGAAUCCCGAAUCAUCUAUCCAGAAUACGAAACCGGGGAGGUAWCGAGGGUCUUCUCCUCGCUGAAAUACGAUCGCAGCGACGACGGGAGCACCACCGCAUCUCACGAUGCGGGUUCGGUCUUUGGUGGUGCGAGUUUGGUGGCAGGCACGAUGGUUGGAGCCGGAAUCCUCGCGCUCCCGGCAGCAACGGCAGACGUAGGUUUCAUCCCUUCUACUGGAGCCAUGGGAAUCGGGUGGUUGUACAUGACGAUGUCAGGUUUGCUAAUUGCGGAACUUUCCAUCAAUCGAAUGGGACAAAGCGGCCUGCCGGGGCAGGGGAUGCUUGAUCUUUAUGAAGAUUCUCUAGGGGACAAGUGGUCCAAAGUCGGAAGCGCCGCAUAUUUUGGACUGCACUACUGCUUGCUUGUCGCCUACAUAGCACAGGGAGGCUCCAAUCUCAACGCGUUGCUGGGAUUUGACGCCAUGGGCCUUCCUGCGGGUGUUCCACAGGUAGCCUUUGCCACAACAGCGGCAACGGGAUUGUAUCUGGCGAAACCCGCCGCGAUCGAAGCCGCAAACAAUCUGUUCGUGUCUGUUUUGGCGGUCGUCUUUCUGGGGAUCAUUGCGUGUGGAGCCAGUACAGCUGACUUCCAUGCCCUCAUCGAUCCCGCGAAUCAGCACCCCGACCAGGUUGUAGAUGCUCUCCCAAUUAUAUUUCUGUCCCUGGUCUACCACAACGUUGUUCCCACCGUUGUCAACCAACUGGAAGGAGACCGCUCGAAAAUUACGAAGGCUAUCCUAUACGGAACCUCUGUACCCACGGUKAUGUUUCUUUUGUGGAACGCAGUYGUACUCAGCAACGUCAGCCCWGAAGCGAGUGCCGCUGGGGUAGUAGAUCCCGUUGCACUUCUCMAAGCAUCGGCCUCGUCGGGCGGUACUGGUGCCAUCCUAGCCAAACUCGUCACCACGUUUUCAUCUCUGGCCGUUGUAACUAGCCUUAUCGGAUUCGUGUACGGCCUCUUGGACGCAUGGACGGACGUCUUCAAUUUGCCAACCGAAGGACCUACGUACGAAAAGUGGAAGGCACCUUUGUUUGGACUGGUCUUUUUACCACCCCUGGCUCUGUCUCUCACGGAUCCAGACAUUUUCUUCACCGCAUUGGAUUAUGGAGGUGCCUUCGGUGUUAGCACCCUCUUCUUAGUACUGCCUCCCGUGAUGGUGUGGAAACAACGUUACGGGGGUGAGCAACAAGAUCUACUAACGAAGCCAAUGGGUAAGUCUCGACUGCUUCAACUUUGAAAACCUUUGAAGUGAAAUAAAUUGUUACCAAAGCAUGACCUUAACCCAAUAUUAUUCCUCUUUCGUUUUUCGCCAACACAUUGAUGCGCGCUAACAGUUCCUCUUGGGAAAAUUCCAUUGGGAUCCAUGUGGAAAGCCGCAGGAACUCUGAUACUCGAACAAGGAGCAGAUAAGCUGGGUGUCUUCGAUUGGUUCGAACAACAUCUUUUUCAAUAGAAACCAMGGAGACUA